UUUUUUCCAUAUAGGUAAAUCCUGGCAGCCUAGCAGAACAAGCCGGCUUGAUGACAGGUGACGCCAUUUUGAAAAUCACGGGGAAAAGCACAGACAGCAUGAAACACAAAGAAGCACAAGACACCAUCAUCAAGGCUGGAAAUAACAUUGAACUUGUCGUGCAAAGGGGUGGAGUCAGAGUAUGGAAACCUACAGUGACACCCAUUGGUGAUUUGCCAACAGUUACCACGCCCCCUGCUAACACUUUAUAUACCAAGACAUCUCUUGCUGCUAAAAAACAGGAAACUACACCAAUCGGCAGCAAACACAAUGUGACUCCUAGACCUUUUGCUCCUUUGGGCGGUGGAAAAAUCUUAGUGAAUAAUCAAUACAACACCCCAGCUCCUCUCUAUUCCAUGAACAACAUAGCAGACACCCUCUCGGCCCAUACUGAAGUUCUGGCAUCCGGAGCUAAAGGUAUAAACUUUAUGAAAGAGGAGCCGCCUGUAAAUAAAGAAUCCGCAGUUUAUCGUAUGAUCAUGGAAGAGAAAGAAGGUGGCACGGAUCACUUUAAUCAUGUCGACCAACAGCCAUACAGGAAAGAUUCCCCUAUGAGUUCUCAGCCCGUAACUCAACAUGUUUCCGCUCCUGUUACUAAGCCACCUUCACAAACAUCGGACAAGCCGGGAGCUCCUAAUGCUUGCCCCGAGUGUGGAAAAACGAUUAUAGGAGUAUUUGUUAGAAUAAAGGACAAAUCCUUACAUCCAGAAUGCUUUAAAUGUAGCACAUGUGGAACAUCAUUAAAAAAUGUUGGUUAUUUCAAUGUAAACGAUAAACUUUAUUGCGAUGCUCACGCCAAACUUGCUGCCAAAAUCGCCGCUUCGACGCCAACGUACGAACCUCUUGUUAUAAGCCAGUAAGUAUAACAUG